AGCCUGAAUUCAAUUCCCAGAACCCCCUGGUGGAAGGAAAGAACUCCUGAAAGUUGUCCUCUGCCCUCCACACACGUGCAGUGGUGUGGACAUAUGCAUGCUCAUAUAUAAAACCUAAUUCUAUUUUUAUGGAGCUUUGAAGAACUCAUUUCAGUAUAUUCAAACCUUCUUCCCUGUUCCCUUCUUUCAAUUCCUUUUCCUCACUACGAACAGCUUGACUGGGAGAAGCGUCCUAAGGAUGAACAAUGACAACAAAGGGAGCACAGAACAUACAUGGCUCUGGUGGGCCCACUGCUGGCACAGCCCAGAGUGAGGGGACAUCACCGCAUUUAGGCCUCAGCAAGGCAGGACAGCAGCGUGCAAACUGAUAACAAGGCUUCAUCUAGGCCUGGCUGGGGCAGUGCGCUCAGCAUCUGCGUGCACGCGCUGGCUGGCUGCCUGCAGUCCCUAGGGCUCUCGGGGGUGCCCUGCUCCAUGCUUAGCUCCAUAAGCCCUUACUAUUGUUACACACCUCAAGCAAUGCUUCCCCACUAUGGGUUCUUAAUCCUCUUUAAAGCGAUAUAUUUAUGCCUCAGUAGGUCAGCGGUAUUUAUAGGGCAGGUUAUGGGCAGCUGGCCCACUUGAAAACCCAACCGAUUUGAGGUUUCUCGGUCAGAGACUACAAGUUGUGUUUCAUUCAUAGAAUUCUCCCUUCCUCCUGGAUACUGAAGAUUGAACCCAGGACCCUCACACAGGCUAGGAAGAGCUCACUACCAAGUUAAGCCUCUCUCUCUCUCUCUCUCUCUCUCUCUCUCUCUCUCUCUCUCUCUCUCUCUCUCUCUCCAAAAGUUUCACUUAGGCCUCCAACAUAUACUUUUCUGUGCGUGCCUCCUAAGUGGCUGGGAUUAUCGACCUACAUACAAUUCUCUUCUUCUUACAAUUACUUAAAAAAUUUUUUUUAUUUAUGUAUCUGAGUACACACUGUAAUUGUGCAGAUAGUUGUGAGCCUUCAAAUGGUUGUUGGGAAUUGAAUUUAGGACUUCUACUCUCUCCAGUCAACCCCACUUGCUUCGGGGGUGGAGGGUUGUAUAGCCCACAGGGAGGAGACAGCUUCAGUGAAGGCCAACCUGGCCAAGUGAGGAUUACAUAGAGAAAGAGAGACAGAGAGGACUGAGCCCCAGGGGAGAAGCACCCGGAGUGCUGAGCCUGCAUCAGAAGAAGGAAAUGAGCCAGAUGACAAAGGAGAAGCACACGGAGCGACAGGUUGCAAGCACAAUGGGUUGGGGGAUCACUGGAUUGAUGGAAUUAGUGUAAGUGAGUGAAGAAGAGGAGGCACGAGACAGACAGUCGAAGGAGCAUGGGGGAGCCCCAUGCUUUCACACUGCAGGGUGUUUGGGAGCCCUGCGGGCCUUUCUGGAACAGUGCUAGGCUCCACCGGAGCUUCCUGAGCCAGCUUACUGGGAGUGGACGCCUGAGAAGUUCCAUGAGUAACAAAUUCCCAGAGAUGGCUGCUGUUGGGACCAUGGGUGAAUGGGGGAGGUGGCCACGCUCUUUAGAGCUAAGUGGGUAGAGGGCAGAAAGGUGGCUCAGUAGGCAAAAGGGCUGGUUGGCACAAACCUGGUGUUCUGAGCUCAGGCUGGCUGCAGUGGUAUGUAUCUGCUUUCCCGGCACUAGGAGAUGGGAAGACAGGAGAGUCUUCUAGAAAUUUGCAGGGAUAGGAAACAGAACAGCAGAAAUAAGAGAGACCCUAAGUCAACGAGGUAAAGGGAGCAGACAACUCCUGCAAAUGCCCUCUGACCUCUACGUGCACACGCUGUGUACAUGUGUGCCUGUACUCACACAGACCCAAAAGAAUUAGCUAAGCAAACAAAAAACAACCGAGGAAGCCAAGGGCCCAUGAGUUGGCAUGGGCAGGGCCAGUCAUUCACUUGGCAGUCAUGGGAAUGCUGCCUGAGUCAGGGACAUCCCUGUUGAAGGACAGAGAGGGAAAAAAGUAAAACAGCAAGGCAUGGCUUCAAAGGGACAGACAUUUACAUUCUUCCUCAUUUUUACUUAGGUGUGUGUGUUUGAUGGUAUGUAUAUCAGGUGCCUGCAGAAGCCAGAAGAGGCAUUGGAGCCCCCUGAAACUGGAAUCACAGGCAGUUAGUUGUAAACUGUUCAGUGUGGUUAAUGGGAACCCAACUCAGUCUCUUCAGAAGAGUAGAAAGGACUCUUAACUACUGAGCCAUCUUCUCCAGCCUUGGGGCAGGUGGUUUGAGGAGGGACAGGGGCCAUUGCAGACAACAGUGGGGCACAAGGAAAGCACCAGCCCAAACCUCAGGCCCAGAGAAAUGUGGGACAUGGGAGAAAACGUGUCUAGUCCUGGAAAGGAUGACAGUGGAGGUAGAGGCCUUACCUGGAGACUAAUGGUGAGAUUCAAAGGAAUCAGGGUGUCAGGUGACAAAGAUCACUGAGCCAUGAGGUCAGGCCAAUUCCACAAUGAGCAUCCAUCCCAAGGACAGGCUCACAAGUGUGCACUACUUCACACGGCUUAAAAACCAACAUAGGUUCUAAUGGGCUGGAGGUAUUGCUCAGUGGUUAGGAGCUUGUUCUGCUCUUGUAGAGGACCUGAGUUCCGAUAUGAGCACACAUGUUAGGUGGUUCACAACUGCCUGUGACUCCAGCUCCAAGAGAUCUACCGCCCUCUUCUGGCCUCAGUGGGCACUGCACUCUCAUGAGCACAACCCUCACCAUACACACACACAUACAUUUUUAAAAUAAUAAAAACACAUUUUUAAAAAAAAUAAAAUAAGCACAAAUGUUGGAGAGAUGGCUCAAUAAUUAAAAAAACACUUGUUCUUGCAGAGUACCCAGAUUCAGUUUCCAGCACCCACAUGGUGACUCACAAUGAAUUAACUCCAGUCUGGGGGACCUGACAACCUCUUCUGGCCUCUAUGAGCACUGCACACAUGUGAUGCUACACACACACACACACACACACACACACACACACACUUCUUUACAUAAAAUAAAAAUAAGAUCUAGCCAAGCAUGGUAGGAAACACCUUUAAUCCCAGCACCCAGCAUUUGAGAGUUAGAGACGACAGGUAGAUCUCUGUGAGUUCAAGGCCUUUCUGGUCUACAUAGUGAAUUCAAGGCUAGCCAGAACUGCAACGUGAGAACCUGUCUCAAAAAAUGAAAUCUAAAAGAUAGCAUAAAUAUCUACUUUGGUUGUUUUUGUUAUUGAUGCGGUGGGAGUGGGAGUGUCCCCCUGUGUCAACAGGGCAACCCAGAGUGGUUUUGAACUCGAGACCCUUCUGCUUCUCCAGUGCUGGGAUUAUAGUCAUGAGCAAUGAAUAUGUACUUGAUUCAGCAUGUAAUAACUAUGUGCUUGGUCAACCUAGUGAAUGUGUAACCGCUGCUUAAAGCAAGGUCAUGUGGCCUUUAGUAUCAGAGCCCUUGCAGACACUGUGGACCACUCUCCUGGGUCCUGCCCGCGGGUUAGUGCUCAGGAGUGGAUGGGAGCAAUCACGGAGAGAAGGGCUGGAGAGACGCAUCUGUCCUUCAAGAUUCAGGCAUGGUCUGUAAGGGAGCUGCAGACACUGGUGGACCAAGAGCCCUGCCCCCACCCCACCCCAUCCCCCAGGCUCUUACCCUCAUAGCCUGCCUCUCACUGGACCUGUGGAGGGGCGAGGCAGAGGAAGCUUAGCUUUCUGGAGGUCAGACCUCCCCAGGAAUCUCCUAAUGGUCUUUACACCGCUAAGCUGCCCGGGGUCUGCCCCUCCCUUCUGGAGGUCCCUUCACAACCAAUCAAGUUCAGUUUCCCCGAGACAGUGAAAGGGCUGCUCAGACCAAGGAGAGAGGAGCCUAAGGUCAGCGGAGGACUUGGAGGAGGUAGCGGGCCUGGCUGAGUCUCUUUCUAAAAGCCGGGAUGGGGCAGCAGCUGAGCUGGGAAGAGGCGGAGGCGGCCGGGGAGAUGGAUGUGGCGGAGUUGCAGGAGUGGUACAAGAAGUUUGUCGUGGAGUGUCCCAGUGGGACGCUCUUCAUGCACGAGUUCAAGCGCUUCUUCAAGGUCACGGGCAAUGAGGAGGCCAGCCAGUAUGUAGAGAGCAUGUUCCGAGCCUUCGACAAGAAUGGGGACAACACCAUUGACUUCCUGGAGUAUGUGGCAGCCCUGAACCUCGUGCUGAGGGGCAGCCUGGAACACAAGCUCAAGUGGACCUUCAAGAUCUAUGACAAGGACCGAAAUGGCUGCAUCGACCGCCUGGAACUCCUGGACAUUGUGGAGGCGAUUUACAAGCUGAAGAAAGCCUGCCGAGCGGAGCUGGAUCUGGAACACCAGGGCCAGCUGCUCACGCCCGAGGAGGUGGUGGACAGGAUCUUCCUCCUGGUGGACGAGAAUGGAGACGGUAAGAGAGAUGCAGUCUGCCGGGAAACUGCCCUGUCUGUGCGAUAUGCCUCCCAAAAGUCCCCCACCCCAACCACCACAUCCCUGCUACUGAUACACAUGUCUGUGAACCGGCUGGAGAAGGAUGGCAUGAAUAGCAAGGGAGCCAAAACGCAGGCGCACACAUUUGUAAGAGCACUUCCAAGAUUGGCUGGUGAAGGCUGGGCGAGCAAAUGAAACUAAUCCUCUCAUUUUGUUUUAUGUUAAUGGGCGGGGUUUUUUGUUUUUGUUUUUUAUUUGUUUGUUUGUUUGGUUGGUUGGUUUUUUUUUUUGUUUUUUGUUUUGUUUUUUUGUUUUUUUGUUUUUUGGUUUUUUUUGGCCUGCACAUAUGUCUGAGUAGCAAGUGUGUGCCAUGCCCACAGAGGCCAGAAAAGAGUCUCAGAUCCCCUAAAACUGGAGUUACAGUUGGGAUCCACUAUGUGGGUGCUAGGAUUUGAACCUGGGUCCUCUGCAAGGGCAGCCAGUACUUUUAACCCUUGAGCCAUCUCUUCAGACCCAAAUAUGUUUUUUAAAAAAGAGAAAAAGUGACCAGAGAUGUGCUUCUGUGGAUAAAGGCAUUGUCACCAAGCCUAAUGGCCUGAAUGCUCCUUUAGAGAACUGGCAAGCUACAUAGAACCCCAGGCUGCAGUCUGGUUUGCAGGAGAGGAGGCCCUCCCCCAUAGACCCGUCCUCUGCCUCAUGGCCGUCUCUUCCACCCUCCUGUCCUCUGCCUCUGUCUCUCCCACCCUCGCCCAGGCCAGCUGUCUCUGACCGAGUUCAUCGAGGGCGCCCGUCGCGAUAAGUGGGUAAUGAAGAUGCUACAAAUGGAUAUCAACCCAGGCUGCUGGAUCACGCAGCAGAGGCGGAGAAGCGCCAUGUUCUGAGAGCCCAGGGACCCUUCAGGGGCCCACACUCCCCUCCAAGACUCCUCCAGGGUCCCCGGAGUUACAUAGCAGGAGGUCUUGUUGGCUGAAGCCUGUUCCCGGUUGGUGUGGACUUCCGCAAGGGGCCAAGCAAUGGCUGCUGGAUCUGAAGUGGGGUUCAGUCAGUCUCUUCUUCAGGAUUCACUAGCAUUGUAGGGGUCCCGACGUUACUCUGCUCCACUGCUGCUCCUGGGAGAACUGGGCUUUAACUGGGAGAUGUGGGGAUCCUACUAAUCUUCAGCGGUUCUCAGAGGAAAUGGGGCCGGCGAGGGGCGGGGCAAAGGCUGGUAGAACGCAGUCUGGAAAGAAAGCAAGGAUGGGGAAGGAUCAUAACGACCCAGUCCAACCAACCUGAGCACCGGCUGGGGAGGACUCUGCCCAGCUCCUCCCCAGGAUGUGCUCACCAAGGAUGACAAAGGGGAGGGCUACCUCCGUGAUCUUCCGCCCUUAGAGGCCUGGCGGGCUUAGGUGGGGAUGUUUCAGGUCUGCUCGGUGUUGCUCCCCAGGUCCUUCUUCUCAUCCCGUCUCUAGUGUGAGCCUGCUACCAUUUCCAUGCCUCCUCAAGGAUGGAGACGUCUUCUCUGCAUCUCUGGGGUAACCUGGCAUUUGAAUUCCAGGCCAGACUUUGCCUCCGACAGCUGUUGGACUCCCUAACCUCCUGCAGGUCGACUAGAUGGCUUCCAGUUAUCCCGCAAAUGUCCUUCAUGCACCCAAUAUAGAAGCUAGGCUACCAGGGAACCUCUCUGCCUUUCUCUGCCUCCUUCCAUCUGUGCAGCUGGGGAAGUCACCUCAGAGGACAGGAAGUAGGACCAGUGUCACACUAAGUAGGACCAGUGUCACACUUGGCAAAUUCUAUCUGGAACCUGGUGGAUUGUUGGUGUUACCUUGAAUAGAUAUAGAUUUCACAUUAAAAUACAGUCAACUAA